AUGACGCUCAAUGCAACCACCAAACUCUCAAUUGCCGAACUCGCUAUCUAUAUCGUCCUCCUCCAGCCAACAUUGUGGCUCCUCUACAAGCACGGACGAGCCGCGUUAAUGGCAUUCAUCUACCUCAUCGCCUUCGAAAUCCUGCGCAUCGUCGCCGCGGGGAUACAAAUCGCCAACCGCAACAGCCCUCACCCAACCGAAUCUGGAGCAGUCGUCAGCUCGAUAGGACUAAGCCCUCUAUUACUUGCCUUGGCAGGCUUUUUGAAUCUCUUGUACCUGUACAACGGCCCAAUGGAUCGCAAACCCAGUCCACUUCAGGCGCGGAUCACGGGAGGCGGCACCCACCUUGGCGCCGUCACAGGCGUUGUCCUCGUCGCUCUGGGUGCGACAAAGCUCUUCGGCCAAAACACUACCCCUUCGGACAUCACCACAGGAUAUACAAUGCUCAAGGUCGGAGCGAUCAUACUCCUGGCCACCUGGAUGGCGCUCACCUUCGUUUGUCUCCCCCUCUUCGGCAAGCUCAAAAGCCAGCCUAUCCUCGGCUUGCUAAUGGUCUCGGCCUGCGCCUUUAUUGGUGUCCGAGCAGUCUACAGCGUUGUCUACGCUUUCGACCACACCAACUCCCUAAGUCCCUUUACUGGCUCGUUUGUGGUCAAGCUGGUUCUGAUAUUCCUGGCGCAACUGCUUGCCGCUUUAUCGCUGGUUGCGGUAGCAUUCCUCACGCGUGACGGCGGAAAACAGCGAGCACGAAGACCAGGAUCGAGGCAUCAGAACGUGGAGAGUCAGGACAGUUCUGUCCCGAUGACCGCGCGUGGUUACAAGUAA